AUUUCCUCUUUAACCCGGCUCUAAACACGUUUUCAAGGUCUCAGCCAUAUUAUAUCUAUGGCCGCAGCAGUCAGAAACCUUUUCGAUCAGUUUGCUUUUCAAACUGUGUAAAUCAUCUGUGAGUCAAAGUCUAAAGUUCACAGCUGCGCACAUGGAGCUCGGAUUCAUCUGCCAGCGGACUUAAAGAGAUACAAUGAUGCACUGGACUGAAAUGAAGAAAGAUGAGCUCCAGAGGCAGUAUUCCCCCAGCCGGUGGUCGCACAGGAUGUCUGCAGACGACGUCAUCAAGGCUCACGUCAAGGCUCUGAAGGAAGGUACGGAGCGUGCCCGUGGUCUGGCUCAGACGCUGCUCAGCGUGCCGUACGGAGACGGAGAUGGAGAGAAGCUGGACGUCUACAUCCCCACCACCAACUCUCUGGAUGUCCCUCUGGUUAUUUACAUACAUGGAGGCUACUGGCAGUUUCUCAGCAAAGAGGAGUCAGGAUUCAUGGCCGUCCCCCUGGUUGAUAAAGGUGUAGUGGUGGUUGCCGUCGGCUACGACAUCGCCCCCAAAGGCAACAUGGACCUGAUGGUGUCUCAAGUACGAAAGAGUAUCGUCUCUGUUGUUCAGCAGUAUUCUCACAUCAGCGGUCUGUACCUGUGUGGCCACUCUGCUGGGGCUCACCUGGCUGCCAUGGUCCUCUCCACAGACUGGUCCCAGUACAGCACCACUCCUCAGAUCAAAGGUGCUCUACUGGUCAGUGGGAUAUACGACCUCCUGCCCAUCCUGUCCACCUACGUUAACGAGCCUUUGAAGAUGACAGAGGAGGUGGCGGUGAGGAACAGCCCCAGUAAACUCGUCCCUCAGCUCAAAGUCUCCUCCUCCAGCUGCCACAUUAUUGUGGCCAACGCUGAGAACGACUCGCCUGAGUUUCGGAAGCAGUCGGAAGAAUAUUACAAAACUUUGGAGGCAUCAGGACUUGACGUGACCAUGGAGGAUGUGACAAACACAGACCACUUCAGUAUCAUCGAGCAGCUGGUAGAUGGCGAGUAUCACCUCACAAAGCUUAUCUUGAAGAUGAUGGGGAAGAGCUGAGGCGGCCAUCUUUGAUCACCAUCAUCAUCAUCAUCUGAUAUCAACAUACCUCUGUAUCAACAAACACCUCUGAACAGAGUCAUUGUGCACCCAUACUGAUAAAAUAUGCAUUGUUUUUAGAUUGUACGCUGGUAAAUGUACAAUUGAUAUCAUUUUGAUUCAUCAACAAUGAGGCAUGGAUUUUUUUUGACCGUCUAGUUUACUGCAUCAUUAUAGUCAGGCGGCUUAGGACCAGAUUUGGGAAGAAAGGGGACACGUCGGACAAAAGCACCACAUUUUUUCCACAUGCUCUCUAUCACUAUAGGUUUCAAUUUUUGGUAGGAGCCACUUCAUCAAGAUUGCAGAUCGGAGAUGGCAGCCAUAUAAAAUCUAUGAGAACCAAUAAAUCUUCUAAGCCACUAAGAAGGUCAAUCUUGGUGUCAAAAUAUACAUUUCCUGGGUCAAAGAAUAAUUUAAAGCUACUGAGAAUAUCACUAGAUGAUCAAAUAGAUAUGUUCAUUUUGGCCAUGUAUUUACAUAAUUAUUAGAUUCCAAACAUUUUCAUUUUAGGAUUCUCUGCUGCAGCACUUGAAGCGAGUUGCCUACCAGUCUGGGUGAAAAUGAACAUUUCUAUUUGAUCAAAUAAUCAUCUAGUGAUAUUCUCAACAGCUUUAAAUGAUUCCUUGACCCAGAAAAUGUAGAUUUUGACACCAAGAUUGACCUUCUGAAUGGCUUGGAAGAUGUAUUGGUUCUCAUAGACUUUAUAUGGGUGCCAUCUUGGAUCGGCCAUCUUGAUGAAGUGGCUCCUACCAAAAAUUGAAACCUAGAGUGAUAGAGAGCACGUGGGAAAAAUGUGGUGCUUUUGUCCAGCAUGUCCCCUUUAUUUAGCUAAGCCGCCUGACUAUGAUAAAAUAUGCAUUGUUUCAGAUUGUACACUGGUAAAUGUAAAAUUUUUUAUCAUUUUGAUUAAUCAACAAUGAGGCAUGGAUUUUUUUUGACCGUCUAGUUUACUGCAUCAUUAGUUAAGUGUCUUUGUUCACUGCUGUCAGAAAACAUUGUGUGCCUAAAACAAAGUCACUUCAAGUCUGGUGAUUGUAGCAAAUGAUGCAGCUGUUAGAGCUGCUCAUAUUCAGUUGUAAAGAGAUUAGUGCACAAUGUUAUCAUCAGGAAAUACAGUCACACAGGCACACUAACAGUUGUAGAGCUCAUGGUUAUCUUUGGCAUAUUUCCAGUGUUUAGUUAAAGGGUUUGUCUGUCUUGUUUUGUGUUUUCUUUCUGUACCACAACUUUGUGUAGGACAAGAAUACGAGCUGAUGUUCUGAUCUAUCAUUUAAAGCGAAUGUAGCGUUUUACUGUAACCUACACAGUAUCUCAUCCAGGGAACUUUAACGAACACCAUAUAUAUUUGCACUGUUUAUUUGAUCCUAAUAUAGAAUAUGAAUACUGAUAUUUAAAUACACAUAUUUUUCAAGAACAAAUGGGACUACAUUUAACUGCUUGGUUCUAUUCUAGCAUCUUAAAUGAUUGUUUACAUUAUUGUUUACACAAAUUGUUUGAUUAAACGUUACUGUAGAUUAUGAAGAGAAUAAUCACAAUAAAUAUUUAUAUUUGAGAAUC